AUGGCCGGCCACACCCACACCGGAUUGACCCCGUUCCUCGUCUCGCCGGCGAGUGGGCACGGCACGCCCACCUCUUCCUACGCCGGCUCCUGCUCCUAUGCCGGCGACCACAAGGCGGCGGCGGCGGCUGCUGCGGAGGCGGGCGACGCCGGGGCGGCGUUCGUGCUGGAGUCCAAGGGGACGUGGUGGCACGCGGGGUUCCACCUCACGACGGCCAUGGUCGGGCCGACGGUGCUGACGCUGCCGUACGCGCUCCGGGGCAUGGGCUGGGGCGUGGGCCUCACGGCGCUCACCGCCGUCGCCGCCGUGACCUUCUACACCUACUACCUCAUGUCCAGGGUGCUCGACCACUGCGAGGCCGCCGGCCGCCGCCACAUCCGAUUCCGGGAGCUCGCCGCCGAUGUGCUCGGAUCUGGGUGGGUGUUCUACCUGGUUGUCACCGUGCAGACUAUAAUCAACGCCGGGAUCACCAUCGGCAGCAUCCUCAUCGCCGGCAACUGUCUACAGAUUAUGUACACGAGCCUGACGCCAGUUGGCCCGUUGAAGCUGUACCAUUUCAUCAUGAUCGUGGCCGUCGUACUGGCUCUGUUCUCGCAGAUGCCGUCGUUCCACUCGCUGCGCUACAUAAACCUAGGCUCCCUGCUCCUCUGCUUUGGCUACACCAUUCUCGUCUCCGGCGCUUGCAUCCGGGCAGGUAUGUCGAGCAAUGCUCCUGUGAAGGAUUACUCGUUGAGUCCGUCCAACUCCGUGAAGACCUUCGACGCAUUCCUCUCCAUCUCCAUCCUGGCCACCGUGUUCGGCAACGGCAUCCUACCGGAGAUCCAGGCCACGCUGGCGCCACCGGCGGCUGGGAAGAUGGUGAAGGCGCUGACGAUGUGCUACGCCGUGGUCUUCUUCACAUUCUACCUGUCGGCCAUCUCCGGCUACUGGGCCUUCGGCAACGCGGUGCAGUCCAACGCCCUGCAGAGCCUGAUGCCAGACGAGGGUCCCGCGCUGGCGCCGACGUGGCUGCUUGGCCUCUCGGUGGUGCUCGUCCUCCUCCAGCUACUGGCCAUCGCGCUGGUGUACUCGCAGGUGGCGUACGAGAUCAUGGAGAAGCGGUCGGCGGACGCGGCGCACGGGAGGUUCUCGCGGCGGAACCUGGUGCCGCGCGUGGCGCUGCGGACCGGGUACGUGGCGGCAUGCGCGUUCGUGGCGGCGGCGCUGCCGUUCUUCGGCGACAUCGUCGGCGUGGUCGGUGCCGUCGGGUUCAUCCCGCUCGACUUUGUGCUCCCCGUCGUCAUGUACAACGUGGCGCUGGCACCGCCUAGGAGAUCCCUGGUGUACGUUGCCAAUGUGGUGAUCGUCUUCGUGUUUACUGCCGUCGGGGUCAUUGGCGCCGUCGCGUCCGUGAGGAAGCUUGUGCUCGAUGCCGGGCAGUUCAAGCCCUUUAGCGAUCACGUCGUUGACUGAAUUUGAAACUAUGUUAGGAUCGUGUACUUCAAUCGUGCCGGUGAAGUUAACCUUGUUAAAUAUAAAUACACUACCUAGUCUCUUUCCAUCAGUUUGGAGUUUUGAUUCAGUUAGCUAGUGCAGCAAUCUUUCAUAGUAAUCAGAGUUACCUCUUCC